AAAAAGAAGGCAUCGCAUCCCUUUUGGGCAUUUUGCUGAGAAAAGUCGUACUAGUAUUUUUACUAAUACUCUACUAGAAGGACCUCAACGUUAUUUUAUUUCUCCUCCGGGAAUCGAUCGGGUGAGAAGAAGGAAGAUGGAGUCAUCGCAGAACACAGUCGUGGGAACCCCCCAAGUUAGCGGCGGAGGCAACGGCAUGACAAUCUCUCAGUCCAACGACGCCUCACCGGUGGAAUCCACCGCCAUGAAUGCCUCCACCCCUAACCCCAUCGACGACCCUAAGCACAACCUUACCCAAGUCAUCAACUCUGUUCAGAAAACCCUAGGAAUUCUCCACCAGCUCUACCUCACUGUCUCCUCCUUCAACGUCGCCUCCCAGCUCCCCCUCCUCCAACGCCUAAAUAAUCUGGUUUUGGAGCUGGAUAAUGUGUCGAAAUUAGCUGAGAAGUGCAACAUUCAGGUCCCUAUGGAGGUUCUCAACUUGAUUGAUGAUGGGAAGAAUCCGGAUGAGUUCACCAAGGAUGUUAUCAAUAAUUGCAUUGCUAAGAAUCAGAUAACCAAAGGCAAAACUGACGCCUUCAAGGGUCUGCGUAGGCAUCUUCUAGAAGAACUUGAACAGGCAUUCCCUGACGAGGUGGAAGCUUACAGGGACAUACGUGCAGGCUCUGCAGCUGUGAGUUACUAUCUAAGUCUCGGCUUUGCUAGUAUUCUUCAGACAUGUCCAAAGAUGGCUCUGAAAAUAGUUUUGGUCAGCUUUAUAUGUGUUUGUGGUAUAUGUUGGAAGCAUGCGCCCCUGAAUUUUGUAGUUGUGUGUUGCAUCACUGCCAAAGUUUUGUGAAGUUAUUGCCAUGCUGCCUAUGAUAUUAAGGGACCACUAAUUC